UGAAAAAUAUGGCGGCUACUAUCAGAAAUGAAGGCGUCCUUAGUCACACAUUUCGUUGCAUUUCUUGACCAGACGGAGAAUCAGAAUUAGGUCAUUAGUACUGCAAUCGAAAAAGAAAUGGACAAUAAAUGGAUGCCAGGUGCGUCUUCAGGAAACAAGAAAUCACAAAGAGCCAAAGGGAGUGGAUUAGACGACCUUCUUGGGGAUCUCCUCGAUGAUGAAGUGCCAAAGAAGAAAGUCACUUCAACUUUAUCCCCUCCAUCACACAAGUCUGCCAAAAGACAAAGGGAUGAUGACUUCUACAGUAACUUAGCUGCCACCGCAGAGGAUGACUUGUCUGAUGUGUCCGAAGCUGAUGUCAACCAGGUGGCCAAGAGUAUUGCUGACCUGGAAGACAUGGAUGCUGACCUCUUUGGUGGAUCCAUUAAGAAAAAAGGUAGCAUUAAGGGAACAAGUGAGAGAGGCAGCAAAUCAAACACCCCUAGACGGGGUGGUACUCCCAGGUCUUCGCGCAACACCACCCCUCGGGCUACAUCCCCACAGGCCAGAGUUACCUCCCCUACUGGACCUAGCUCUGUCAACAGGGGAGUGUCUCAGUCAGCCCGUGUCACCUCCCCUACAAGGACAGAGACACCCACUAGUCCCACAGGAAUAUCUAGCUCACGCACAGGCAGUGGUAAAAGGAGAACUGCAGCAGCUGCAACCUCCAGUUCUAUCUCACCUACACCUGUACCUGACUACAAACCUGGCACUGCACCUGGUAAAAUGACAGAUAUUGGCUCUGCAUCAGAGUCCCUGAAGCCUGGUGUUCAUUCUGCUGAAAGGCCAGGAACUGUUCCAAAAGUCAAAGCGAAGUAUGAUUUUGGAGAGUUUAAUGAAGAUGACCCGUUGGCAGGCCUUCUCAGUGAUGAUGAAGAUUCAGCAUCCUGGGCAGCAAAACCCAAAAAGUCGGUGUUGAAAAAGCAAAGGUCUGCAGAGGACACACCACCACCUGCUGAGAAGGAACAGGUUGAAACUCCCAGACGGAAUGUAUAUGACCGACCACCCACCAGGAGCGGAGGUACUAAGUCCGAACCAGUUACAGAGGAAAUACCCAAACCAGUUUCUCCUCGUAAGGAGGAACCAGUGAAAAGGGAAGAUCCCACUCCUGUUAAAAAAGAUCCCGUACCAACUCGACGGAAGUCAGAUGCUGGCCUGUUCAGUGAUGACGACGAUGACCUCCUGGGCGGUCUGGGUAUUGAUGACAAGCCCGCUACACCUGUUGCACGCUCCCUCCCUGAAGAAGAGGAUGGGCAGCCAGCCAAGGCUAUAUUUGAUAAACUUCUUAGUAAAGAUACAGUUUCCAAGCACCUAGAUACAAACAAAGAGAGAAGAGAGUUUGUCCUCGAUAAGAAAUACACCAAAAAUACAGAUGAUGAGGAGGAUGACUUCCUGUUUGGAGCAUACCAGCCCUCUGCUGCCUCCACCCAGGGAUCACGACCUAACUCGCGCCGAUCAGUUAGGUUUCAGGAUGAGGAUGACAUCUUUGGGAUAAGUGAGCGUCCACCUUCCCGUGGACGAUCCCCAGCUACUAAGAAGCCUGACGACAUGGAUUGGCUGGACAUAACUACUAGUAAACCCGUUAUCAAACCUACCACGCCUGAAAAGUCUACCCCUAAACCAGCCACACCUGAGAAAUCUACCCCCAAACCUGCAGCACAGGAAAAAUCUACCUUCAAGUCUACCACAGACAGCGCAGGGCCAACCAAGUCUGACCAGGAGAAACCAGCAUCGAAAACCAAAUCUGAUUCAAUGGACUGGUUGGAGAAACUAAGACGGGACAAUAUGGCUGAUGAUCCAGCUUUCAUGGCUGAUGUAUCUAUCAGUCCUCCAUCAGAACCCAUGGACGACAAAAAAUUGGCAGACUCCUUACAGAAGCCAGAGGGAAAACAGCAGGACAGCUGGCUGGACAGUGGAGGGAAUGAUUACCUCGGGCUAGGGAAGGAGAUCGAUCCUGACUCGCUCCUCAAAUCUAAAACAAAAGCUCCAACAUUUGGUGGAUCCAUUAGUAAUACUGAUAAGAUGUCGGACCUUUUCUCUACAGGUCCCUCAAAACCAGAAACCAGUGCUCUAUUGUUUGAACGUGGAAUUCCACAGAAACAAGGAGACAGUAAAAAAGUUGUGGGAGAAGAAGAAACCAUGCUGUCACUAGGGAGUCCUAGAGUCCCCCUCUCCUCACAAAUUGGUCAGCUUGAAAAGCUGGACAGUCGCACAGAUUUCUUUGGUUCUCCACAACAGAAAUCACCAGACAUUUCUUUUCAGACAGAUUUUUUUAAUUUUGACAAAAGUAGGAGAGAAAGUGAUCCAGUCCCCCAAGUACAAGCUGAUCUGCAGACAAUGCAGAACUCGUUUCAUCAACCUCCUGCUCAGCAACAAGUCCACAGUCAACAUCAAACUUUGAUACAACAGCAGGAGAAAGCUGCAAUGCAGCUACACCAACAAAUGACUAUUCAGCAAAAACAACAACAGCAACAACAGCAGCAACAGCAGUUUGUCCAACAACAGUCACAACUCCAGCAGAUGAUGUUUGACCUUCAAAAACAGUAUGAAACAUCACUAAAGACCCCUCUGUCAAGUGCGACCCCUGGGUCAGGUAUUUCCCCACUGAUGGGUGUGGGCACAAGUGUGAUGCUGACAGAUCCUCCGAAAUCUCUGAUGGAGGCAGAGGCCAAGAUUCGGAAGCUUGAGAUUGAGAGAGAUUAUGUCCAGUCCAUUCUUGAUUCGACCAAGCGACGUUCUGAGGAAGAGAUAGAUGCUGUGGAAAAUUCGUACAAGAGCAGAAUGAAACAUAUUGAAGAAACCAACAAAAAUAUAGUUGACAGACUAAAGGAUGAAAAUAACCAAAUGCUGAGUCAGCAUAUGUCCCGUGUAAGGAGUCUAGAAGAGGACAAGGCUGGCAUCAGUUCUCAGCUGUACCGUAAGAUAGACGAGUUGGAACGUAACCAUGCAGAAGAAAUGGAAAAAAUCAGACAAAACCACAGAAAUGUCUUGGCAGAAUUAAAAGAGGACCAUAACAAUUCUUUACAACGGCUGAAGCAGGCCAAGGACCAACAAAUAGAGGCUGCUGCCACUUCCCAUGAUACCACAAAGUCGUUAGUGGCAGCUGUGACUCUGAUUGAAAAUAAUGCCCGUGACCUUGGAGAACUUCAGAUGAAGGUCAACAGCUGGCAUAGUCAGGGACUGGAUGAACGGGAGAUUAUCACCAGGUCAAAGGAUGAGCAGCUUCGUAUACUUCAGGAAAGACUGGCCAAGCAACAAGAUGACAAUGACCAGGAGCGUCAGAGGUUGAAUGAGCUGACCAACCGAUUAGAAGCCCAACUCCGGGAGCAGAAUCGUCAACUGGAUGAGGAACGAUGGAAAACAAAACAGGAACAUAAUCGUCUUCAUAGUCUUCAAGUGGCCCUAGAAGAGGAAAGACAACUGUGGACAGAACAGCAAGCUAGAGACAGAGUCAAUAUAGAUAAGACAAGGGAAUCACUUCUGGAAGAUGAGAAAUCAUUGCUGUCACAGCUUCAUCGUGAGAGACAGUCACUGGCUGAGGAACGGAUGCAGUUUAACGUCUCACAACAAAUCCAGAAGGAUGAGACUGAACAGUACACCAUGAAGUUGGCUCAUGCUAAGGCAGAGUAUGAAGCCACUAUGAAAGCUAUAUCUGGGGAAAAGAACAAGAUGUAUGAGCGUCGACAGGAACUACAGGCAAUAGAGGAUCGUGUAAGGGAGGAGCAGAGGAAACUAGAGAGAGAGGAGGACAGAUGGCGUGGUAAACAGGAGGACUUUGAAGAAACAGCUGCUACUCUGAAGGCCAAGUCAGAAGAAGUGGAUGAGAUGUACAUGGAGGCUCAAAAGAAGUUUGAGGAAGGGGAGCAGGCACUGCUGGAAGCACGCUCGCUAGAGAGUGAAGACAAGAUGAGGAUGGACAGCAUACAAGAACAGAUUCAAAUCCUAAGGGUCAAAGAAAAAGAGAUUGCUGAGGAAAAGCUCCGUCUGUCGAGGGAGAAGAAGGAAGUGGAAAACCUUCGAUUUACAUUGCUCUGUCCAAACUGUCGCACACCCAGGGGAGACAGCAUGGAUAUCAGCCCACCUCAAGUACUGGUGGGGAAUGUGCCUCAGGGUAUAAACCAGUCCGCACCUCCUUACGUGGGCAAUGGGUACCACUCCGUGUCACAGGUGGUGCCACAUCACCAGAUUCCUAGUCCAGCAAUACAGAUGUCCCUGAAUUCUGUCCAGUCCAUUACUGAGACCAUCAAGGCUGACCGGUCAGUACGCAUGUGGAAGGUGGAAGCCAUGAAGGACCAGAAGUACCUAGAUGAACAGAACAUGUUCCUGUACACACUAAGACAUAUGCCAUACAACAAGUCCUCUACUAAUUCCUGAUGGAGUGUUACCAACAGUCACCCAUGCUGGCAUCAGAACCGUUUUGGAUCCAUGUGAUCUUUGUAUUUAAACUUAACAAGGAACAUGUCCAUUCAGUUGGCAGCCCUUCUUAGGAUCCCAAGAUUUUGUAUCUAGCUAGUCAAAGAAUGCAAAUUUAACAAGAGAGAGAAAAUGUAUGGCGUCCCAACAAUACAAUGAUGUUGUGUCACGUGUUUAAUCAUCAAUAUUACAUACAAAGAAUGCUAGCAAGCUAGUUAGAGUAAGAGAAAUAUAAUCAUUCUCCUUAUCAGUGAUGGGAUCUCACCUGAGCAGGUCACCUUAUGUUUUUCAACUGAAGAAUUUUCCUCCCGGGGUGGAGAUCCCUGCCUCACCCAUAGAGGGGGUAAAGAAUCUUCCUCCCAGGUUGAGAUCCCUGUCUUACCCACAGUGGGGUAAAGAAUCUUCCUCCCCAGUUGAGAUCCCUGUCUCAACCACAGUGUGGUAAAGAAUCUUCCUCCCAGGUUGAGAUCCCUGUCUUACCCACAGUGGGGUAAAGAAUCUUCCUCCCUGGUUGAGAUCCCUGUCUUACCCACUGAGGGGAUCCCUGUCUCAGACACAAGGGGGUGAAGAUUAGUCCAUGAUUGCCAAAAAGCAAAGAAUACUGUACUUGUGUUUGUCAGGUCUGUGUGAAACCUAUUUUGACUAGAAAUCUUAUUAUAUCAUAGAGUCAGUAUUCAGUAAUAAUAUGUACUAUGUAACUGUAUAAGUGGUAUGUGAUUUAUAGAACUUCUAUAUACAUGUAGUACAUGACUAUGUAUAUGCCCACCAUCGUGCCUGUUAUUGACCAACUCCACCUGCCUUAUACAGUAUUAGGUACAUCCAGAGCAUUUUGUGGAGAAUAUGGCUUUACUAGAUACUUAAUUGGUUAGGAUUUUGGUAUACAGGAAGGAUUUGUUGUAGAUAUAUAUGAGGCACAUGUUACUAUAGCCCGAGUUUCCUCUGGCCCUGACACCAUGUCUGGUGUAGGGCCCCUACACCAGACAUGGUGACAGGGCCAGAGGAAACUCGGGCUAAUGUUACUACUGUGAUUGGAUGUUACAUGUGUAUCUGUACUUGUUAUGACUGUUGUAUCAUAAUGUGAAUGGCUGUUACACGUAUGUGUGCUGACACAGGGGUGUAUAUACCAGAUAAAUGACUAGCAAAUGUAAUGUGUAUGUAUCUAAUUAUAGGUAACUUGUAUUUUUACCUAAUAUUGUUAUCUCAGAAUAUAAUAUGAACUUGGCAGAAUCUUUAGAGAUCUGUUACAAUUUGUAUUUCAUAAAAGCAGAAUUUAUAAUCACUAUCAUAAUGGAAUGUAUGUGACCAGCUCAGUAGAGCAUUUGAAUACCUAUUGUAGAGUGUGUAUACUGUACCAGUUGAUACCAGAUGUUAGUACACUUUACAUGCUACAUUUAGUGUUUACCUGUUACUACCUACAUGUAGUCUACUGACUCUUUAUAAUUAUCGUAUGUACAGUUUUCAAGAAAAAUUCUAGCAAAUGGUAAUGAUGUUAAAUAAAUAUUCCCUAACCAAAAGUUAACAUAAGUUUAAUGGUGACUUCAUGUCAUCUUCAUUACAAAUUCAUAAAUUACAGCUUUACUCUCUUUUUAAACUCCUUCAGUUCCAGGUUGUAAUCUUGUCGUAGGAAGGAUUUUUUUUGUGAAUGUCUAGUGUGUAGUUUCCCAGCCGUUGUACAGCUGCAGUUACUAACUUGAACUUGUCCAACAGCCUUCCUGACAUUUUAUGAUUUGAUAAUAAAAGAUAACUAAGGCAACA